GCAGCUGUUCUCGUACUGUUGUUGUCGCCUUUGUGUCUGCAGGUGCAAAAUAUUAAAGUAAUUGGAUUAAUUUCGAAUUAAUUAAGAAAAUCGAACCGCAAUCAUGGCCACGAUGCGCAUACCAAAACAGAAGGUGAUUCUGUGCGGCGACUAUGGAGUGGGAAAGAGUUCUCUGUUUCGGCGAUUUGCCACCAACACCUUUGUCACGGAUACGGAUAGGAAAUCCACGCUAGGAUUAGACCACAUCGAUAGGGAAUACAGCGUAAAUGAAAAGCAGAUCAAGCUUCAAUUGUGGGACACUGGCGGCAUGGAGCGCGUGGCCUCUGUAACCUCUUCGUAUUACAAGUUCGCCGAAGGAGCCAUUCUUGUCUUUGCUUUAGACAACGCCGCCUCGUUCCACUCUCUAUCUCAGCACUUGUUGGACAUUGUCACCUAUGCAGAGAAUGCCAAGAUCUUUAUAUGCGGGAACAAAAGCGAUCUGGAGGGCAGGGAACCGGAGGUCAGCGACGAAGAGGUUGAGGCUUUCUGCGAGCAGUGCCACUCAUUGAUUAGUGCCACAUAUAAAACAUCCUGUCGCAGUGGAGCGGGAGUGGAGGAGAUGUUUCGGGACAUCUCAAGGCAGCUGGUCCAUGCCAAUCGCUCCAAGAUGGAACUACAGGCCUUAGAGCACAAGAGCUUUCAAGUGGACACUGCGGGCAGCAGUGCGGCGAUUAACGAGGAAGACUCUUCUUCCUGCGGCUGCUAGCAGUUGGGGAACAUUGAGUUUGGCUAGGCACCCAUAUUCCGGCCAGGCUCAAUGCCCCAUGCAGAGAUGCAUUUUUACUGUUUCCUUUAUUUAUUAACAUUUCUCGGCUAUGUUUAUGAUUUGUAGAUACAUGUUAUUUUCGAAUUUAUGAGGAAAAUACGUCCCGAAUGCGAACACGAGUCAUAGAGUAGGAUUAGUACUAAUAACCAGGCGCCAAACAUUAACCAUUAAAACUUUGUACACGUUAUUUAGGAUGGGUGAAUCGUCGUAAUCUGUGCCAAGAUUUUGGUAAUUGAACUAUGAAUUACAGAACUAUAAGCAAAGCAAGGUUAAUGGAACUCUUAAAAAUAACCAGCAGAGGCAACCAUAGAUUACAUUUUUACAUGCGAUUCUUGUUGAACGUAACACCCUAUCCUUUCGUAUAUAGAUUAGUGCGUAAGUCUGCAGCUUUCUUCCACAGAAUAUCUCGUAAAGAUAAAAUAUGCUAAACAAUAAAUAAUCAACUCACGACA